AUGACAUCCGCUACAGCUAACCCUCCGCAAUUCAGCACUACAAACCCGGAUAUUGAGCUCGUCGCUGGGCGGGACGGGAAGGUUACGGGCGUCUCCGUCUAUCCACCACGAGCGGAGGUCACUCGACUCUUCAAAUUCGUUAUCAAGACAGGCCAAAACCGAGUCUCAAUUAGUGGCCUUCCGAAUGUCAUAGAUCAUCCUUCCUUGAGAGUGCAGGGGCACGGUGCAGCCACUAUCCACGAUGUCUCCCUGUCGCACGAUUUGCCGCCCGGGGCGAAGACGAAGAAAACUUCCCCCAAACUUGAGGAACUGGAAACUGAAUUGGACAAAGUAACAACUUCGCUCAGGAGGGCGCGGGACGCAAUCCGGUUUCUUGAAACGUAUAUCUCCGAUCUUCGAUACAACAGUAACAAGGAAGUGAAGUACCCUCUAGUCGACGUCGUCGAGGACUAUACUACGGCGGCUGGCAAAUUGGACGCGCAAGUUUUGCAACUCACGGCGAAGAGGACAGAAUUGCACACGAAAAUUGCGAAUGAGGAGGAGUCGUUGAGCGAGCCUCUGCAGAAUGAAAGACUGGGCAUGAAGGUUUCCAUUGUUGUUUUUGGUCACACCGCUGGAGAAGUCGAGAUUUCUCUCACUUAUGCUGUUAGAAAUGCGACGUGGAGGCCUACCUAUGACAUUCGGGUCGAUUUACAAACCAAAGACAAGCCCGUAACCCUCGUCUACAAAGGAUCUAUCAUCCAGAAUACAGGAGAGGACUGGACCGACGCACCAAUCAAACUUGAAACAGUAGCGCCAGCAUUCGACAUUGCCAUCUCCUCCCUUCAGAAAUGGACUCUUUCUCUCGAGGACCCGGUUCAAGCCCAGAAACGACGGCAAGAGCUGGAACGUGAAUACGCUACUCGGCAUUGGACCAACUACCACUAUUCGGCACCACAGAUACAGUCGGCCCCCAUUGUUAUACCCUCACCGCGGGGAAGGUCACGGUCACCCAGUAGUCGCUCUCCCCGUCGAUAUGAGCGGUACUCAGGUCGGAGAAGUCGAUGUAGUAGUAGUAGUAGGAGUCGGAGUCGUGCAAGAAUGUCCUCCGUGGCAAUGAGGGCAGCUCCCGAGCCUGAAGUUAUCACUCACAGGAACUUGGAUGUGGGCACUGGAGGAAAGGGGGACAUCAGCGCUACGUUCGUCGUCCCCGGACUGAUGACUGUCCCGAGUGAUAACGUCGCUCACAUUGUUACCAUCGCCGAGUUGGGGUUGGAUGCGGAGAUGGAAUGGGUGUCGGUGCCUAAACGUGAUAUUAGAGUGUAUUUGAAGGCAAAAGUGAAGAAUGCCUCAGAGUAUACACUGCUCAAGGGCCCUGUGAGCGUGUAUGUGGAUGGAAGUUUCCUCGCUCGCACGAACAUCCCGGACGUAAAUCCCGACGAGACCUUCGAUUGCCCUCUAGGAGUCGACCAUUCCGUCCGUAUCACCUACGCCCCUCUCUCAAAGCAGCAAUCCGACAGCGGCCUCAUCACCAAAUCGCGCGUCCACACCUUCACAAGGCGCAUCAAUAUUCAGAACACCAAAUCCUCCAAACCAGUGGCGAACCUCAUCAUCCACGACCACAUCCCGGUGUCCGAGAACGCGUUGAUCGGCGUGAAGCUAAUCUCGCCUGCGCUUCAACUGCCUGCGCCAGAGAACUCUGGUUCCAACUAUUCGAACGCUGGGAGUUUGGCUAGCUCGACGUUGAAACAGUUUGUGACGGUGCAGGGAGGAGAUGGGAUGACAGUCAAUAAAUUCGGUAUCAAAAUACCCGCCCCGGUUAAAGUGACGAAGGAUGUUGUGGCUCAAUGGCAGGGGGCAGACGAAGCUGAGACUCAGGCCGAUGUACAAGCCCUUGGGAGCGAUGGGAAGCUGGUCUGGAAGUGCGCAGUUCCAGCCCAGGGAAAGGUCGCGCUCUCUUUGCAGUGGGAAGUGUCUGCGCCCGUAAAGUCAAAUAUUGUUGGAUUGUAA